CUUGAGCAAUGAAGGCUUACACCUUAUCCUCCUUGCUCCUCAGCGCUCUUGCACUGGCAUUGGCAGCACGGCCUGACGCAGGCAGCCUCGAUGCAGCCACGAUAGCCGUGCAAGAGCUCGACCGUGUUCUGUCCCUGCCGGGGCAGCCGAGCUACUCGCCUGCAUUCAAGCAGUACUCCGGGUACGUCACGACCGAUGAGUACCUAGGCAAGGCACUGUUCUAUUGGUUCUUCGAGGCCACGGACAAGCCUGACGAGAAGCCACUGGUCCUGUGGCUGAAUGGAGGGCCUGGCUGUUCUUCCAUUGGGUUUGGACAGUCACAGGAGCUUGGGCCAUUCCUGGUGAAGAAAGAUGUGCCUGAGCUUGAGCUCAACCCGUAUGCUUGGAAUCAAGCUGCCAAUCUGCUGUUCCUGGACUCUCCAGCGGGCGUUGGAUUUUCGUACACGAACACGCCCUUCGAAAAAGAUCCACCGGGAGACAAUUCCACAGCACACGGUUCAUACACUUUCCUCGUCAGGUGGUUCCAGAGGUUCCUCCAGCACAAAGCCAAGGAGUUCUACAUCGCUGGAGAGAGCUACGCUGGACAUUACAUUCCCCAGCUUGCAAACGUCAUUUUGGAGGAGAACAAGAAGGCCUCCAAAGAAAAUUACAUUAACUUCAAAGGCAUACUGAUUGGCAACGCCUACAUGGACGGGGACACUGAUCUCUGGGGGAUCGUCGACUCCGCGUGGCACCACGCCAUCAUCUCGGACAAUCUCUACAGCGACUUCCAGAAGAACUGCAACUUCAGCUUGGUAGACCUGUCCCCGGAGUGCACCGCGGACAUCAGUCAGUUCACCGCUCUCUACAACAUCAUCGACAUCUACAGCUUGUACACUGAUCGGUGCGAGCUCGGGUACCCGGAUUUCAACUCGUCAUUCUCGGCGCAGAUCGGGCGGACCAGUAGCGGCCGUCUCGAUCUUAUGAAGAUGCCGAUGGGGUACGAUCCGUGCACGCAAACAUACGCGACUGAAUAUUUCAACCGCAAGGAUGUGCAGAAGGCUCUGCACGCGGAUAUCACAGGAAUGCCGCAUGCCUUUUCGCUUUGCCGUAAUUCGAUCAGCAACGCAUGGAAAGAUUCCGACCUGACAGUCGUUCCAGUAGUCAAGAAGCUGGUGGAGGCAGGGCUCCGGAUAUGGAUUUUCAGCGGCGACACAGACGCAAGAAUCCCAACCACGUCAACCCGGUACACGCUGAAGAAGCUUGGCCUGCAAAUCAAAGAGGACUGGUCGCCGUGGUUCCAUCGCAAGCAGGUUGGCGGCUGGACCGUGGUGUACGACGGCCUGACGUUUGUCACCGUGAGAGGGGCCGGCCACAUGGUCCCGUCAACGCAGCCCGCGCAAGCGCUCGAGCUCUUCAAGCACUUCCUGGCCAACACGAACCUGCCCUCCAAGCCGUUCUAGAAAAAUGUUGUCUCAAGGAACACGGACGCGCUACUGAAUAAAGAAACAGCAGUGAUCAUCCGUGCAUGGGUAUCUUGAAGAUUGUUCUGUCAGCAUGUAGUGCUACUGUGUCUCCGUGUGUUCUUGGAAUGAAACAGUGCUGUGAUAA